CUUAUAUUCGAACAUGUAUGGUGGAUGUGACUCCAAAAUACAAAUACACAAAUUCUGAGCAUCCCAGGCGCCCAAACAAAGCCUUUUAUUUUAUUAUAAAUGAUAAAAGAGUGAGAGUUUGUAAGACAUUUUUUAAAAAUACACUGGCUGUCUCCGAACGAAUGAUUUAUACAGUACAACAAAAAAUGAAUGAAGGUUUCACGAUGAAUGAGUUACGAGGGAAACACAGUAACCAUAAAAAAUUAAAUCCAGAAUUAUUAGAAGACAUAAGAAAACAUAUUGAUAUGAUUCCAAAAAUUGAAUCUCAUUAUGUAAGGGCUUCGACAUCCAAACAGUACAUUGGCGGAGAUAAAACAAUAAAAGAUUUAUAUAAUGACUUUGUAGUUCAGCAAACAGAAACUAAUAGGGACAUAGGUAAUUAUAUAGCGUAUUAUAAAAUUUUCACAAAUGAAUUUAAUUUAGGAUUUUUCGAACCCAAAAAAGAUCAAUGCGACUUAUGCAUAUCGUAUAAUAAUUCGAAUGAUGGGCUAAAACAAGAUUUGGAAGAAAAAUAUCUGAAGCAUUUGGAAGAGAAGACUUUGUGUCGUUCUGAAAAACAAACUGAUCGUCAAAAUAUAACCAAAGAUACUAAAGUCGUAAUUUAUGAUUUAGAAGCUGUACUGCAAUGUCCAAGAGGGAAUUCAUCAGCAUUUUAUUAUAAGUCGAAGUUAAACAGCUACAAUUUUACUUUAACAGAAUUAUUAGCAAGCGGAGAAAAAAAAGCAUAUGAAAACGUUCACUGUUAUUUCUGGACUGAGGUUGAUGCUAAGAGAGGCGCAAAUGAAAUAGGGUCGUGUAUAUGGGAAUAUUUAAAAAAUGUAUGUGCGAACGAUGCAGAACCAAAAAAUAUUAUAUUUUACUCAGAUAAUUGCUGUGGGCAGAAUAAAAAUAAAUAUAUCGCAACAUUGUAUAUGUAUGCUGUACAUUAUUUAAAUAUAGCCAGUAUAACACAUAAAUUUCUAAUAAGAGGCCAUACACAAAAUGAAGCGGACAGUGUUCAUAGCUUAAUAGAAAAAGAAAUUAAGAAAAAUUUGAAUUAG